AUGGACGACUAUUAUGUUUGGACUCGUCAUGGAGAAAUUGAGGGUAGUGCCAGUAAUGUUUGCAAUCAUAAUUUUGUUGUUGGUGAAAGUAGUCAAGAUCCUAGAUUGCAUGAAAUGGUUAUGGAUGCUCUUGGGAUGUACAAUAAGGGUAACAACCAACAACCUGUUGAUCAACCUCCCAAUGAAGAGGCACAAUGUUUUUAUGCACAAUUAGAGUAUGCUAGUCAUCCAUUUUGCGAAGGUAUGUCACACUCUGCGUUGUCUGUUGCCGUUAGACUGCUAAGUAUUAAAUUGGAUGUGAAUAUUUCUAUAGCGGGCAUGACCGCUAUGAUUGGGCUUAUGAAAGAACUUAACCCGAACUUAGACAUACCCGAUGAUUACUACAAAGCAAAAAAAUUGGUUUCCAAAUUAGGUCUCUCGUCUAUGAAAAUUGAUUGUUGUGAAAAAGUUUGCAUGUUGUAUUAUAGGGAUGAUGCAGAUUUAGAGAAUUGCAAAGUUUGUGGAAUAUCUUAUUUUAAACAGCUUGCCAGCGAUAAGAGGGUUGCAGUUAAGGCGAUGCAUAAUUUACCUCUUAUAGCAAGGUUAAAGAGGUUGUAUGCAUCACUGAGUUCCGCUCCUCAUAUGAGAUGGCACUAUGAAAAUAGAAGGCCACCCGGUGUUUUGUGUCAUCCAUCAGAUGGAGAAGCAUGGAAGCAUUUUGAUAGAACGUUUCCGGAUUUUGCUAAUGAACCAAGGAAUGUUCAAUUGGGGUUGUGUGUUGACGGAUUCACACUAUUUUCUAUGUCAGCUGCACCAUAUUCAUGUUGGCGAGUCUUUGUCACAUCGUAUAAUCUUCCGCCUGAGAUAUGUAUGACAAGUCCAUAUUUGUUCCUAACUUGCAUUGUCCCGGGUUCACGUAAUCCAAAAAAUUUGAUUGAUGUAUAUUUGCAGCCUUUGAUUCAUGAGUUACAGACUUUGUGGCACGAAGGGUGGGCUGGCAAAUUAGCUUGUCCUUGUUGUAUGGAAAACACUGAAUCGUUCACUUUAAAACACGGAGGCAAGAAUUCAUGGUUUGAUUAUCACCGUCAGUUCUUACCAGUGGAUCAUGAGUUUAGGAGUAUGAGAAAUGCAUUCAGGAAGAAUAAAACGGAACUUGACUUACCACCGCCAACAUUGUCAGGGGAGCAAAUUUGGGAGAGGGUUAGGGACUUGCCUAAGGUGAUAGAAACUCUACCUUCUAGAUUAAAUAGAUAUGGGGUUGAGCAUAAUUGGAUGAAACAGAGCAUAUUCUGGGAGUUACCUUAUUGGAAGCAUAAUCUUCUCCGACAUAAUCUUGACGUCAUGCAUAUUGAAAAGAAUUAUUUUGAUAAUCUAUUUAAUACAGUGAUGGAUGUUAGGGACAAGACAAAAGAUAACAUAAAGGCCAGGAAGGACUUAAUGGAAUAUUGUAGGCGACAAGAAUUGCAUCUACAACAAUCAAAAAACAAAAAUAAGAUCAUCAAGCCAAAGGCCAGUUAUACAUUCACUUUGGAGGAUAAACGAAAGAUUUGUGAGUGA